AUGGACCCCGUCUCGGCUUUCGGCCUCAUUUCGGGCGGCAUUCAAGUCCUCCAGGCCAUCACGUCGACUGUCCAUGGCCUUAACCAGCUUUAUGGAAAAUUUAAGGACGCCGAUUUGACCAUUCAAUCCCUGAUUCAGGAGUUGAGCUGUAUCAGUGCAGCACUCACUAGCCUCAGGGAAUGGACCCGCCUGAACCGCGCCGAUGGAAUGCAGUCGGAAGAGUACAGUCGGGACCUGACCGUCGCUAUGGAUGGCUGUCGUGUCAUUAUGGAGGUCGUAUCUCACGACGUGUCCACCCUGGUGCAGCAAUCCCGAGAGAAUGGGAUCGCAGGAAUUCGCACCCGCAUGCGAGUAGUUUGGAAUGAAGAGACGAUGCGCGGGCACCAGGAAAAGCUACACUCGCAGGUGAUGGCGCUGCAAUUACUGCUCCAGGUACGAUUGCUUAGGACUGCUACAACCAGGCAAAUCUUCCACCGAGUUGCAGACGAUACAGCGACUAUCUUGUCCAGCCGCGGAAGCCGCGCCACAUCCUACGCAGACAGCAUGUCUCAAAGUAGUCGACACUCUGUCAGUGAUUCUGACUUUGAUUUCCACAAGGCUAUAGCAGAGUCACCAGCCUAUCGUAGAACACUGGAUCCAAUGGCUCUCACUGCAGCCUCGCUAGAUCAACCCCAGUUGCCGAUAGCCGAGAGUGAUCAUAGCCCCUUUGCAUUCACCGGCACAGACGAGGGAUAUGCAAGCAACCGCACAGAGACCACUAGCCUGACAGUCCCAUCGUUAAAUAUUCCAGCACCAAAGCCCGAGGAAGAAGGCUACUUCCCCUUGCCUAGCAGCCCAUCUGGACCAGUACGGCAUCCAACGAGCCCUCUCCAUAGUCGAAGUGUUUCUCACACUCAAAAUUCUCAACAACAUCAAGCACCGGCCAUCCGAAGGAAUGCAUCUGAUUCCAAAGCGCAGAAGUUGCGGACCUCAGGAUCCAAAAGAGAAAGACUUUCCUCUUUCCUGGGUAUGAGCACUCGAAGUCGCGCUAACCUUGCCGUGUCCCCCGGAGUCUCGCCGAACCCAUCGACCAGCUCUAGCUCUGGCUCUUUUAGAAGAAGACAGAGACUAGAAGGUGAUUUGAGCACUAGUAUAGACCUCACAGCCAAACACGCGACAUCGGUACCCCAGAUAAUCAAAGCAGCCCAGGUGGGCUCUCGGGAUGAAGUGGAGCGGCUGAUAGAACAAGGAUGUGAUAUUGAAGCCCGCCACUCCCGAUCCAGUCGAAAUGCUCUUCUCGUUUCAGCACACUGUGGUCAUGAUGAUGUUGUUGACUUGCUUAUACAGAACCAUGCCAGGCUGAACAUAGUCGACAGAGGAGGGUGGACUGCUCUGCACCUUUCCGCAUCUCGUGGGCAUCGAGCUGUGCUAGAAGUUCUAUUAGAGGAAGGUAGAGAUCUUCUCGAGACCCCGAAUUUCCAUGGCCAGACUGCACUGCGUGUAGCAGCGGACUGUGGUCAGCUGGAGGCUGCGUCUAUUUUAAUCGCAUAUCAUGCACAGGUCAAUGCACGAGCAGAGAACCAAAUGACUGCAUUGCAUGCCGCUGCUAAACGAGGGGAUAGUGAAAUUACCCAAAUGCUGAUUUCCCAUGGUGCCGACCUGGAAGCCAAGGACGGAAAUAUGAUGACAGCACUCCACCAUGCCUGCGAGGAGGACAACCGGGCUGCAAUUGAAGCACUAGGCCGUGAGCGCAAAACGCCGUUAAUAUGUGCUGCUGAAGCCGGUCGUUCUCAGGCCGUUAAAUUACUCUUAAAACGCAAAGCCACUUCUCGAGCUCUUGACGAGACGGGGAUGACAGCGCUUCAUUGGGCUGCAUAUAAUGGCCACGAAGAGACAGUCAAGAUUCUAAGCGACAAGAAGGGCUCGCUUGAUGCCGUCAACAAUAUGGGACGUACCGCGUUACAUCUGGCAACUAUUCAAUCUCGAUUUGCCGUGGUGGACUCUUUACAACGGAAAGGAAUGCAGCUUGAUAAAAGAUGCAAUACAGGCCUCACUGCACUUCAUUAUGCAUGUAUGGCUGAUAGCUUUGAGAUCACGAGGCUUCUCCUGAUGACGGGUGCCGAUGUUGAAGCAUCCGAAACCCAGCACCAGCAGCGGCCUCUGCAUAUUGCUGCUGCUCGUGGCUCGGUGCCUAUUCUCGAGCUUCUUUGCGAGAGGGGUGCUACACUUGAUGCUCGAAACGGCGUUGGAGAUCGCCCUGCAUGUGUAGCGAGUCGUUUUGGCCACGUGGGUGCUGUACAAAAACUUCUUGACCGAGGGUCUCCGGUGUGUCUGAAGUUUGAGACGGGCUUUCGUGAAGACUCACUUCUUUGCCUGGCUGCUUUGGGAGGCCACUGGGCCGUUGCUUCUUUGUUGUUGGCUCGUGGUGCAUCGAUUGUAAAAAAAGAUGAGACGGGCUGGGCACCGGUCCGUUAUGCAGCCUACUACGGCCAUACAAGUAUUUUGCAAUUAUUCUUGUCAAGCAACAAGAUCCCCAAUGCGAAUUUACCAGAGAUCAUCCAACUGCCACAAACUAUUGGGUUUGCCCCUGUGGUUUCUCCAGAAAAGAAAGUCGAGGUGCAACAACUUCUCGGUCAAUCCUUGAGAUAUCCAGCUCCAGUCUCAGCCUCAACACAGGGACCAGUCCCUAGACCGCCACCUGCUCCGAUUUCACAGCCGGUGCCUUCACGACCCGAGCAGGCUGCUAAUGCAAUCCCAACCGUGUACUCAUCCCCGGCCCGGCCCCAGCCCCAGCCCCAUUCGCCAGUGAAGCUGGCAGCACGGCGAUAUAUGAACUUCCGGCAAGUCUGGACCGAGAGUCAGCAGCCGGGAACCACUCAACAACCACUUUGGAACAAAUGCAGCGCAAUAUGA